UGAAAAAAAUAGGGAAAAUUUAAGAAAAGAAAACGAAUAUAAGAAAGAAGUUGAAACAAAACAAGUUGAACUCGCUCUGAGAACACUAAACAUGGAAUUGAAGGCUGCAAAAAAUCAGGUAGUUGCGAGACAACUUCAACAAGAACUGGCUGAUACUCUGAAGAAACAGUCUAUGUCAGAGGCUUCCCCAGAGGUUACGUCCCAUCUUCAUCUGGAAGAUGAAACACGGGAUCUCAAGAAGAAAUUAGGUCAAAUCAGAAGUCAGUUGCAAGAAGCACAGGAACGACAUGCAGAGGCCGUAAGAUACGCUGAGAAGAUGAAAGAUCAUGUGCUAAAGUAUAAUUUAAACCUAACAGAAAAUAGCUUGAUUAUUUAUAACGCAGAUAAGCAGUGUACUAUAAGAAAUGUAUUAGUUAUGCCAGUAUAUCAUUGUUAAGCUGGAUACAAGUUCCAGCUUUGAGCUAUUUUGAAAUACAAAAUUUUGGCAUUUAUCUCUCAAUUUUGCACCAUUACCACAAAACACAACGAGAAAAUUGGUACAAUUCCCAAAUCUUCCUCUUGAUACAAUUUUAAUAAUUUUUGUAAUACCCUCAUUUGUUCAGAAAUUACACGGUACUGUUUUAAAACUAUGUGUGAGAAUAAUUAUCUUAAGAUCUGCAUUUUAGGCUAAAGGUUAAAAAUGUCAGGCAAGAAGAAACCAUCAAACAUCAAGCGGCCCAAAUUCAAGAUCUUCAGAGCAACUUGCUAAAGGCAAGUAUGGUAAGUCGAUCUCUUAAUGCCUGUCCUACUGAAAGGAAUCUUUAUUUCACUGAUCAUAUGGAAAAAUCUCCCUGAUCAAAAUAUUUGGUUGAUAUUGUUCCUGAUUG